GCAGCAGAUAAAAAAUAAUACCCGCGCGUGGGUAGCAUCGACGCCGACGGUCGCGGCCAACGCAGGCGCGGCCCCCGAAGAAGCAGGUGCCCGACGCCGCCGCGCUGGACGUCGUUGCCGGCAGCAGCACUUCUUUCGAGAGCAGCACGACGGCCACCAUGAUGUCGACCGAGGGCGGCGAGGCGUCGUCUCGCAUCACGAUCAGCGUGCACACCACGACGGGAGGUCGCAUGCAACUCCAGCUGCAACCCCAGUGCACCGUGGCCGCGCUCAAGAAGACGCUCUCGGCACGACUGCGGCUCGCCAAGGACCGGAUGGUGCUGCUACACCGCAACAGGCAACUAAAAGAGGGCACCCUAGACUCCAACAACGUGCGCGACGGAGAACGGCUUACGCUGCUGCCUAGCGUGGAAACUGGUCUGCAGGCCAUCAAGCCUGAACAGAGCGUCAUGCAAGCUCUGGAAUCAUUGACUGAUGCACAGGUGGAGAACUUCCUGUGUGGCCGUGCCCCGUUGCAUCUGACGAUGCGGUUGGGUGACCACGUCAUGUUUGUCCAGCUGCAACUGUGCCCGCCGGUUGAGACGCCGCCUGCCACGCCCACUUCGCCCAACUGCCCCGCCCCCCCUGCUGCCGCAGCACCCCCUCCGGAAGCGGCACCCAACAGUGGAGCCGUCAUCGACCAACUGCGCCACUUGGGUCAGGGCGUCUACUCCGGCAGUUUCUCAGGCACCCUGGGACCCGAGCUCCAGGACGGCGAGGGCCGGCCUCGUCGCCACGUUGCCACCAUUCUGCACAUCCUCCGUGACCUUCUCGGUGCCAGCCAGGGCUGGCGCGGUCCUCUCACUCCAACCAGCGCCUCGGCCGCGUCGGCACGGUCACCCACGACUCCUUCCGCACCUGCCAGCGAUAACGGCACGCUAGGAAGUGUUGCCGGCAGCGCCCAACACCCUUCAUCCUCUUCGGCUUCGGGCUGUGAGGUGAUGGGUGGGGACGCGACGCCGCCGACGUCGCCGUGCCUCCGUGACGCGACGAGCCUGCACCAGGAAGAGCAUCGGGUGCUGCGGGGAAAGCUGGACCAAAUCAGGGCGACACUUCGCGAGAGGCGGAGGGCCCGGCGGAGGGCAUCGCCAUACCCGACAACGCCCGCCAGCUCGCCACCGGCGGCAUCGUCGGAUGAACCGGUCUUGGUGUGAGGAUGUGUCCUCGUUGCAGUGAGGAUUUCAGGAAAUUUCCUUCCCGUACCGGCCCGGCCCGACGAGUUCUUCCCUGCCCCUCUCCUUGACCGGUGGACAGUGAUGAUGCGGGCAUUUCGGAGCGAGUGAUUUGGAUGUGGUGAUGAUGAGGCAAGCAUUGCUUACCGGUUCCAGAAAUGUCCCAUCAGCAGGAAUAGAGACGCACUCACUGUUCAUCAUUGUAAUGCACAAUUGCUUGCCACUGUUGUAAUUUCAUUGUGACAUGCCUUCUUUGAAAAUAUGUCAUUGCCUCAAGGACGUUUCAGAUGAACUUGAGUUCAUCCAACACAUGGGAUCGGGCUCCUCGCUGCAUAUUGUCAUGUUGAUUGUGCAGUGUCUCACUUUGGGUGGCACUUGUUUGAAAGCCACUUAAGCGAAGUUUGAAUGACACCAAUGGCAACGGCAGAGGCAACUGGGCAGGGCAGCCACAAUAUUUUCAUGACAGGGGCAAGCAGGAAAUGCAGAGGGGAGUGGGUGGAGGGUUGCAGCCCACGGUGUGCUGCACACUAUCGUUUGCGCGGUCUGUUGUGCAGCCGAAGCGGGCCAAUAUUUUAGCACUUUCUUCCUGAAGGUCACUGGUCGUUUGAAAACGUACAUGUCAACAAUUCGUUGAAGUUGACGAAUCAGUACGCUUAAUGGAGAAAGUGCAUUAUGGUGACUACAUAUUGAACAAUAGGUGGCUUGCAGGAAAACAUGGUUGCACUGACCCUCUUUGAGCUUGUAGGAAACUGCACCCUUUUUGUGCAGUCCAAGUAUUUUAAGCUUGAUGCAAAUGUUGAUCGCUGCAACCACUUUUCUUAAUGUGUGAGGCACUUACACGAGUUCUAUGAACGUGAUGUGUUCUUAAAGUAUUGUUUUGUUACCUGCAGGCUUUGAUGGCUUGAAUAUGCAGGUUUUAGGAAAAACAUAUAUAGCUAGACAAUGAAACUUAUUGGUCUUAUUCUGUCUUUAGUUCAUGAUGAGUUUUAGCUGUUCGGUUACAUGCACAGUAUUAGGCGCAGUGGCGCUCUCUAAUGGACUAGUGCCACUGAGAGUAUGCUUUAGCAGGCUAUUCAUGCACUGCCUCGUGAUGGCGGUUAAUGGGCAGUGCCUUGGAAUACUGCAAGCGGCCUCCUGUUUUGGUUGUGCAACAGACAGCAUGUUCGAUAUGCAAGCACGUUGAACCAAAGUUUGCAGGGCUGCGGUGUCGCACGAACAAACUACACUGCUCCAGGGGAUCAGGCGGCUCUGUCGAUACCUGCUUGCAAGCAUCACAGCCCUUUGAGAGCUCUAUUUUUGUCUCAGUAUUAGAAUCUUGUCUCCCUUUACACACAUCUCUCUUUGUUUUCUUGAAAUGUAUACUUGAGUAUAUUGUUAUGGCUUCAUUGUUCUUUUUUUUUGCCUUCACAUCUUGCAAGAACUGCACCGUACCUACUCGCAAGUCCAGUCAGAAUGUGUCCAGUUGUGGUUAGCGUUGAAGGAAGACGAGAUUCUCCAAAGAGUCUUGUAGAGUAUUAGUAUGCAUGGUACUUUACCAAGUUCACUAUCUCUUCAAACAUGAACUCCGUCAUAGCUUGGCAAUUGUGCCGUCGCUAGGAGCGAGUUGUUGGCCUUGGGGCUCGGCCUUUGCACAGCUGUGCACGUUAUGCAAUCGGUGCCAUUACGAAGUGCAGAGGAAGCGACGGCCUACUGCACAUUUGCUUGUCGGAAUGUGCAGUGAUGCAAAUCGUGGUCUCAGACUACAAAGACUACCACCGAUGUCACAUGAGGGCUUUCAGCAUGCCUAAAUUUAAUUUCUUUAUUUUGUAUUGGGCUUGCAUUUUAUUGAGCAUCACAUGAAGAAUGUUGCACCAGGCUAGCCAAUAUCGUGCACGAUUUUUUGCUAAGCAUCCAAGCAAUACCUUUGGGAUACUUGUAUUAUGUCUGAGCAUAUGCACUGACAUCCACAGAAAAAGUAGUGUAUUUUAGAUUUAUUUUGUGAUAUCCAAUAAUUCUUUUUAUGAAGGUUCUGCUUAGCAUUUUAUGGUAAGCCAGUGCAGUUAUCGUUUAUUGCUCUACCAGAUUUAGUCAUUCUAAUGCAUUGGUCCUCAAGUUCCGGUUUAUGUUGAAUGCCACAGCUCGUGGUGUUUCCACUGGAAAGUCCACAUACAGUAUUUCAGUAACAAGAAGUAAAAAUGCACAAUCAUUGCAAAACUUCUUUUCCCGCACGGUAUUUUCUGUUCUCGGCUCAUGCCGAAUGCUUAUGACUGCGAGGAACCAAGCGUUAUUUCGAGUAGUGUUGCAUGCAAAACAUGCCAACACUGUGGAUACGAUGACCACAAUAAUGUCGGUUAUGACGGGGUUCAAUUAAAACAUAGUAUUUUCUCUUUUUUGCCACACAUUUGACUACACCGCUUUCUUUAGUAUUACAAACUUGAUAAAAAAGAUUGAACUGUACUUGCGCACUCAUAUCCCAUUUCUGGCCACUGUUGGUAGCUUUCCACGACUGUGUGUGUACAUUUUUGUCGGGAAAGGCCAUGAAUGCUUUCAUUUGUCAUCCUUGCUACCUCAGUAUUUGGUUUGAUGAGCUUAGCCGCGGCGCCACGCACAUGUCCGCAUGUUGGCAAUGAAGGCAUGUUGAUCUAGAUUACACAGCUCGUCGCAUACCGCUAUGAAUUUGAAGAGCCCUAACAAAUGCACCCACUAGUUGAAAUUAGGUAGUAAUUGUUACGACUGAAAUUGAUUAUCGUAUUUAACAAGGAGGGCGACAUGUUAACAGCGCAAAGUUGUUAUACGAAGCUGCAGCUUGUGAAAAACUUGCAAAGUGUCUAUCCAACACAAAAACACCGUUAGUGCAUAUAGUUUUCAAUAUAAGUGUAAUUACAUGGCAAUAUUGGCGAUAAACUUUCAAAUUAACCUUACUAUAUUUUGGCGUGUCGGUAUGCAUUAUGUUGCUUGCAACUGCCAUUGUGUGUGUAUGUGUGGGGGGGGGGGGGGGAGAUGUAAGAGGAAUGGCAAGGAAGUUAAUCAGGCACACGUUUGGUUUUCUGCCCUGCACUGGGGGAAGGAGAUAUAAGGAUAAAGUGAGAUUUUCUUUUCAGUAUUUUUUGGGGGUAACUUGUUGCCUUGCUUCCAUUUGAGGAGAUGGCCGCUCGUACCUGCUGCCUCGCCCUAGUUUUUUAAAGUCAAUUUCUGUAUUUUUGUGAAGUGUUCAACUCACUACAUAAAUGGCCUUUGCAAGCAAUGUCCGAAAGCUACGAGGUGUAGCCGAGUGGCUGGCCUUCUUGCCUUAUGCGACGACGUGUGCGUGGCACCCGAGCACAUGUUAGGAUGCUGGUGACACACUGGACUGUUGCUGCACAGUUGGCAAUAUCAACAACGAUCACAUGCAAAGAAAAAAAAAAACUCCCACAGUGGCCCACGAAUGUACAGCCUGUGUUGUUCUUGCUUGUCGACCAGUAUUCUGUUUUGUGUUCUCUUGUUUUCGACCCCCGAUUGAAGACUGCAGGCACACGAGUGUCACUUCCACAGAUUUCCUGUCAUAUUUUGGGAGUUAUCCAAUAGCAAAUAAAUGAACGUACGCCUGGUCAACAA